UUUAUACCGGUCUGACAUGAACUUUAUGCGAGGAGUUGGAUGUAUUACUCCAGGGGCCCUAGAGAUUGAAGGAAAGAAGAAAGCUUCUGAACUCAUCAGCGAGAGUAAAUAUCGUCAGCAGCCACAUUCCUUCAAGUACACAUCGGUGACAGACUCUCCUGGCCUCCUUCAUGCAAAAUUCAGCAAUAUGAUUGCUAAUGAGCGCCUGUAUAAAGCGGCAGGAGAGGACAGUCAGCAUCACUAUACACCCACACUGGGUCUGCCUGAGUUUACACGGGCAAGAAUAAAUGCAGCCAACCUCAGUGACGCAAAAUACAGAGAAUCUUGGCACAAUCUACGUGCUCAAGGCUACAAGCUGACAACGGAAGCACUCCCGUUCCAGACUGCCAGGGCCUCCAGAGAAAUUGCCAGUGAUUACCAAUAUAAACACAACUUUGUGAAGGAAAGAGGAAAGCAUAUUGGUGCCAGAAGUGUUCUGGAUGACACCAGAUUGCUGCAUUGCUUGCAUGCUGCCAAAUUACAGAGUGAACAGGAGUAUAAGAAGGGAUCACAAGAAGUGUGGUCUCACUACCAUCUGCCCAUGGAUAUGGUGAAUCUCGUCCACGCCAGGAAAGCCCAGGCCUUAGCAAGUGAUCAAGAUUACAGAAAGAGACUCCAUGAAUUUACAGCACUCCCGGAGGACAUGAAGCUGAAGUGGGCCAAAAGAGCCCACAUGCUACAGAGUGAGCAUCGCUAUAAAUCAGACCUGAACUUCAUGAAAGGAGUUGGUUGGAUGGCUCUGAGAUCUCCGCAGAUAGAAAGUGUAAAGAAGGCUGGAGAGCUCAUCAGCGAGAUAAAGUACCGUCAGAAGCCAGAAAGUUUGAAGUUCACUGCUGUGGUUGACUCUCCAGAUCUGAUUCAUGCUAAAACCAGCUACCUCCAGUGCAGUGAUAGACUGUACAAGGCUGGAGACUCUGAAGCCAGGCACAGGUACACCAUGCCUCCUGAUCAUCCAGAUUUUAUCCGAGCCCGCCAGAAUGCACUUCAUAUCAGUGAUAAAUUGUAUAAAACAUCUUGGGAACAGACAAGGGCAUCUGGCUAUGAUUUUAGGAUUGACGCCAUCCCAUUCCAGACAGCUAAGGCUUCAAGAGAGAUUGCUAGUGAUUACAAAUACAGAGAAGCCUUCCUGAGAGACAGAGGCCAGCAGAUUGGAUUCCUCAGCGUAAAUGAUGAUCCCAAAAUCAGGCAUGUCCUCAGAGUGGGGAAACUCCAGAGUGACAACCAAUACAGGAGUGGAUAUGCCCAAACCAGGGCACAGUUCCAGAGUCAGCUCAACCAGCCAGGAUUUCUCCAUGCUAAGAGAAGCCAGCAGCUUGCAAGCAAUGUUAACUACAGGCAGCCUAUGCACCAAUACACUUGUGAUCCUGAGCAGCUAAAUGUGAAGCAUGCAAAGCAGGCCUACAAGCUGCAGAGUGAUGUAAAAUACAAGUCUGACUUGAACUGGCUCAGAGGCAUUGGCUGGACUCCCCCAGGUUCUCACAAAGUCGAAAUGGCAAGAAGAGCUGCUGAGUUGAUGUACAUUCGGGAAAUGGGAUUGCAGGGUGCUUCUGCUCAGUAUGGACCUGCAGUUGACCAAUUGGAGACGGAAGGAUCUCAGCAGGUCACAGUCAACCCCGAUGCUUCAGAAAUUCUGCAAGUCAAGAGAAGGAAAAUGCAGCUCUAUCAAAAGUAAACAGAAACAUGACAUAACACAAAUAGAUUUUCAUGUCCUGCAAAUCAUGUAGCUUUUCUAGUUUUCUGGGAAGCACAAUAGAUGGCAUCUAAGAACUUUUUGUUUUGAAAAGCAACCUAAACAUUGCAAUUUAUAACAUCUUUCUAUUUUUGUGUGGAUAUUUUAUCACUGUAUGUAUUACAGAAUCUGAUAUUUAUUUAAAGCUGUAAAUGAAAUUAGUACUAGGUGACUGGCAGGCUCAGCUUUGUACUACAGAUGAAUUAACCUGAUUGGUAGAAUAUAAAAUAAUUUGUAAUGAAUAAAUCAGAUGAAUCUUAUUCCAUA